AUGAUUGCAGAGGUGGGAGUGCAGAAGAGGCUGUUUGGAUUGAGUUUGAAGAGAGAAAAACAGAAAGCUGAAGUCAAGGACAGAAGCAUUUUAAAGGUUUUGCAAGCCAAAGACAGCAAAAUAGAAGCUUUAGAACAGAGGCUCACAGGACAGCAGCAGGAGAUAAACAGCUUAAUGCAGAGAAAAAAUGCUGUGGAUGAGGAAAAUACCCGUUUGAAGAAUGAAUUCGGUAGCUUGAACUGGAAAUUUAAAGAUAAAAGCCAAGAACUUAAGGACACUGAGGAGUGUGCACAGAAGAAGGAAGAGCAAAACAGACUGGUUAUAAAAAACCUGGAGGAGAAAAAUAAGGGAUUAAAUAUAUGCUGUGCUGACCUGCUAAGUGACCUGGAGAAACUGAGGAAGCAGGAGGCACAGUGGAAAAAAAAAUCUGGCAAUGAUACCAGAAUAAAGGAUUUGGAAACUGAUUUAGCAGAGACAAGAGAGCAAAUUAAAAGUUGGCACAGUAUAUGCAGUAACUUGUUGUCUCAGGUAGAUGUGAAACAGGAAGAACGUUUCCAAAAGGAUUGUGAUGUGGUCGGAGCUAAGAAGGAGUUAGAGGAGCUACAGAAUCUUUACAGACAAAACAUUGAAGAUAGAACACAGCAGGCUGAGCUGAUAAAGCAGCUAGAGUCUCUCAAUGCUGAUACACAAGAAGUACUGCAAGACCAAGAAUAUGCUCACACAGCUAAAACAACAUAUGAAAAAGUAUGUUAUUCUGUAUUUCAACAGCCUAUAAGUGAGCUAGAGAGCUAUAUUACAGUGCAAGAAUCAGAAAUGGAGCUUUUACAGAAAAAAUUGAAGGAAGUGGAUCUUAACCUAGCAGAGCAUAAUUUGUACACUACAGAUACUCUGGAAAGCAACAAUAUAAGGACUGGAAGAAAGCACAAGGAACCACCUGUGAAAUGUUCAAGGUCUCUGUCCCCAAAGAGCUCUUUUAGAGAGUCAGAGGAGUCUCAAGAAUCUUAUGAGCUAAGAGCAGCCUAUGGAAAACACGAAGAAAGGCUGCAGAUGUUACAGCCCAACUACAGAGUGCUAAAAGAGCAGUUAAAGCAGUGGGAAGAGGGCAAUAGCAGCCUUGAAAAUAGUAAAAGCAGAUACCAGCAUACAGGCUCCUGUCAGCUCUGUCAAGAAAAUCCUGAUGUGAUGUGGAAUGAACUGGCUUUUUUCAAAAGGGAGCACAAAAAGCUGCUGAUUGAGAAACUGAAUCUUGAGGAUGAAUUGGAUCAGAUGAAAAUACAACAAUCUUGGAGUACAGUAAAUGCUGAUAUAAAAGCUACAACAGGCAUUCAAAUGAGUGAAUAUUUAGAAAAAGAUGAAAAGCAUGUUCGUAUUAUCUUUGUGUGUUACUUAAAGAAUGUUCUAAAUUCACUUUUUAAACUUAGUGAGGAUGAUGGGGUCAAGGGUAAUACUCCAAAGAGGUAUAUGAGAGAAGUUUCACAUGAGAUGCUACAGAAGGUACAACAACUAGAAAGAAGAUUCAAAACUAUUGAAGGGGAAUUAAAGAAACAGAAAGAAGUAAAUAAAGACUUACUGAAUGAGAAAAUGUAUUUGAAAGAAUCUUGGAAAGUGCAAAAGGAAGCUGCAGACACAAGAAAAAGAGAGCUGGAAACACUACAUAAGAGGAUUUGUGAGGUAAAAAAAGAAAAAGCAGAACUUCAGUUCUUGAUUGAUGAGAAGGAAAAAGAAGCUGCCUCUUUGAAGAGGUAAGUGACAGAAGCUAACAGGUUGAGAAAUGAAAGUGAAGAUUUGCUGAGUCAAGUGCAGGAACAGAAGUGUUUGCUGGAUAAAGCCAAAGCAGUGGCAAUCUCUGGGCAAUGUAAUUGCAAGAUAACAGGCACCAAGGUUAAAUUAAAAACAGCCAAGAAAAAGAGCUCUUUGGGACAUCAUGGAGCUUUUCUCAAACAGUCCAUCAAGGUUAUGAGUAAUGUGUUUGAGAACUUCAGUAAGGACGGCUGGGAGGAUGUGAGUGAAAGCAGUGACUCUGAAAUAUCAACUUCUGAAAGUUUGGAAACAGUGAUUAUGAAGACAGUCCAAAACAUUGAUCCCCUGCCAGACAGAAGUAAACAAGAAGAAAAAAAGCCCUGCAGUGUCCUUCAUUUAGAAAUCCAAAAUGAGCAAUAUAAUAAAAAGCACCAUACAGAGCAGGCUGAUAUAACCCAUAACAGGGGGAUAGCAACACCCCUCUCUACCUCCCUUCUAGCCAAAUGCAGUAUUCAGAAACUGGGCUGCUCUGUUACUCUACUGCAGGAAAAAAUCAAGCCACUGUAGAAGCAGGUAGCUGUUGUACAGAGUAAAAAAAAGACCACAGUGGCUUCCAUUAAAAAUGUUAAACAAGCCAAUGACAAAUUAACAGGUCAGCUACAUUUGCCUGAUCAGAGACUUCAAUCAGACACUCUUACUAUCCUUAUUUUGACCUCCAGCCUGGCCAAGUGGCAAGUGGAGAAGGAAGAUUUACAAGGAAAAUUAAAGUUGAGAGAACAUCUGUCUCAAACUGCUGGCAAGAGUGAAGCCACACCAGCUCCUUCAAAGAACACUGAUUUAGAGAUGAAACAGCUGCAGUGCAAACUAAAGAAUUCGAACACUGAGAUCGCUAAGCAAUCGACCACCAUUAAGUCACUUAAAAAACAAGUCCAGGAAAAAGAAGAAUGGAUUCAGGAACUGCAAGCGAAAAUUUCUGAGUUGGAGAGGGAUGUUACUAUGAAAAGGCAUUUGACAGAAGUCUUAAGGUCUUGCCUAAAAGCAAAUCGAAAUGAGAAAACCUCAAAUGAAACAUUGGAAAGUCUUGAGAGAAAGGUGAAGGCUGAAGACAAAAAAGCUUCCAAUGACUCAAUGAAACAAAGGUUUGAUGUAGCUAUGAAAGAGAAGUCUCAGUAUGAGCAGGUGUAUCACCAAGCUAAAGAUGAUUUGGAGAAAAGGGAUCUCAAGAUUGCUAAAUUAGAGAGAAAAGUGAUGGAGAGUGAAUGUGCUAUGAAUGAGCUUGUAACUGCUGCAUCUCAACUACAUGGCUUGGCUAAGCAGAGUACACAGGCUUUGGAGACUCUACAGAAGGAGCUGCUGCUCACCAGUGGCAAAGUAGAAGAGUUCAAGACAUUUGUGAAGUCUCUAACUGGAGAAUUACAUCACAGUGUACAAGAGCUGAGAACAAAAAUCAAACUGGCAAAAAAACUGGGAGAAAUGAAAGCAUGCAAAAAGGGUCUUUCCCAAGAGAGUUUUCAGUUAGCACCGUCUAUCCUCAAUGUUUCAAAAAGUGAUCUUUACGAAAUACUACAAGAAAGAGAUGAUAAGGAAACAGCAGAAACAGAAAUGGAAUUUGAAAAAGAUAAAGAAUGGCUACAGCAUAUACAGAAACUUCUUGAAGGACAGUUUCCUUUUGCCUCAUACUUAAUGGAUGCUGUACGAAAAUUAAAUGAGAAGAAGAAAUUGGUAGAAGAGUACAGUUCCCUCAUGAAGCACACUGUAUGAUAUUGCUAAGAUUUAUAUUUGCAAAGUGUGACUGAAAUGUGUGCUGUUUCCUCAUGUCUUUCCUCUUCUCACAAAGAACUGUCAAUGUGCAUGUUCAAUACAUACACAGAAACCAUGGACUAAUUAAUUGUUGAACAAGAGGAAUUAAUUAAAUUCCUAUUAGAAAGCAGUGUGGUAUUUGAUUCCUGAAGAGAAAAAUUACUGCAAAUCAAUGCAAAGCUCGAAAUUAUUUUCCUUUAAAUGCAUUGGCAGUGAACACAUGUGCAGGCUUUGCAGAGAGAGGAUGUCUUUGUUAUAACUAAUACACAUCUGUACAAUUUUGAAAGAACAAAAAGCAGCCAAGUAACACCUGAUUGUACUAAUCAGAACCUCAGAAGUAGGAUUUAUAAAGGAACUGGGAAUAUCACUGAGAUUUUGAAUACCUAAUUUUGUUUCUUUGUAAAGCCAAACUUUUUGAUAUAUGCUACAUGAAAUGACAUGCUUUUAU